AAUAAAUAUAGUAAAUGAUUAAACAUGAAACUCCUCUGCCCAUUGCUAUCCAAAUUAUACAUGAAACUCCUGAUACAACUUUUGGGUGAAUAUAGCUACUCUACACAUCAUGUCCACCUACAGAAGAACCUUACAUAGAAAGAAAAGAACACCACAAAACACAUUUUGACAAGGAAGCAAUGGAGGCAAGAAUCAAGAUAUUCUUAUAGUGUCCUUUGGAUUGCCAACAAUGGAAGCAGGACAUAUCUUCAGUUCCAGGAGAACUCCAUUCAGCUGCAAGCUCAACCUCUAAUCUAAUUACAAUGGUAAAAAUGCAAGGUUUUAUCCGAGCAGUACGGUCUUGCCAUGAAACACUUAAGCUUGCAAUUCUGCAGCAUUCACUUGUGAGGGAUACAACUGAGAUGAACAAAAUAUUCUCGCGAUGUGGGCGUGUCACCUCCUCUCCUCCUGCUGCUAUGCAUCAGAAGGGUUUAGAGAACAAGACAGUGGCAGAUGUGUUGAUGAGAAAGGGAGGCGAAAAAGUUGAGUCUUGGCUACGGUGCAGCACUGAUGACACUGUCCAUGGUGCAGUGAAGCAAAUGGCACAAAAUAAUGUUGGAUCUUUAGUGGUUCUAAAACCAGUAGAACAACAAAUGAUUGCAGGAAUCAUCACAGAAAGAGACUAUCUGCGGAAGGUAAUAGCGAAGGACAGGCCUCCUAAAUACACAAAAGUCAGGGAGAUCAUGACUGAUCAGCACAAGUUGAUAACAGUGACAUCCAAUACCAACAUUCUUCAUGCAAUGCAGCUCAUGACAGAGAAUCACAUUCGGCAUGUUCCUGAAAUAGAUGAAAACAUUGUUGGGAUGAUUUCGGUUGUUGAUGUUGUGCGAGCGGUGGUAGAGCAGCAGAGCGGGGAAGUGAAGAGGCUGAAUGAGUUCAUUAAGGGAGGAUAUUCUAAAAAUCUUUGACAACAUUCUGUUUCGACAAUCACUUUACGCCAUCAGCCUUUCAAUUCUAAUUUAUAGCACAAAACAUAUGUAUUAUGCACACGAGAUAACAUUAAUGACAAUCAAAGAAAGUUGAAGUA